AUGCACGUCCUUAUUGUCGGCGCCGGCCUUGGUGGGCUGGCUUGUGCGGUCUCUUGUCGCGCGGCGGGCCUGAAAACGACGAUUCUGGAACAAAGCCCCGAAAUCACUGAGGUCGGGGCUGGCAUCCAGAUACCACCCAAUGCAACCCGCGUGACGGAAUAUCUGGGCCUUUGGCCCCAGGUCAAGGAGAAAGGACUCAGAGUAGAGUUUCUCGAUAUCUUGCGCUACGCAAAUGGUAAAUUGAUCUUGCGGCGGCCCCUUGGCGAUGACGCUGUGAAGGAGCUGGGCGGAGAGUGGAUGGUCAUUCAUCGCGCCGACUACCAGGCCAUUCUUCUUGCCGAGGCCCAGCGUCUUGGGGCUGAAAUACGAACCUCCUCGCGGGUAAUAAGCUUGGAUACAGAGAAUACAAGGGCCAUCCUUGAGGACGGCAGCGCCGUCGCGGCCGACGUGAUAAUUGGGGCAGACGGCCUAUGGUCCAAUACACGCACCACAAUUCUGGACCACCCCUCUCCGCCAUCCGAGACUGGGGAUCUCGCCUACCGCGCCACCUUUACCCGGGAGUCACUCGUGGCGCUCGGCGACUCACGAAUCAACGAGUUGAUCCAGGCACAGGGUGUCACUCUCUGGGCGGGACCAGGAGGGCAUAGCGUAUUCUACCCCGUCAGGAAUGGCAGCUUGUUCAAUUUAGUGCUCCUGUGCCCGGACAACAUGCCAGAGGGCACAAGGACUACUCAGGGCAGCGUUGAAGAAAUGAGGGAGUUCUUCAAGGACUGGGACCCAAAUAACAUCGCCCUGCUCGGUGACGCCUGCCACCCAACGCUCCCAUAUCAAGCUCAGGGUGCAGCGAUGGCGGUCGAAGACGGGGCCCUUCUUGGCCUGCUUCUGGGCGAAUACAACAAGCACCCGGCGGCUUCGGGCAAGUCCAUCAGCGGGGUCCUUGCACUCUACGAGAGUAUUCGCAAGCCGCGCACAACCCUGAAUGUCAAUGGAGCCACGAAUAAUCGGUAUUUCUAUCACUUGCCCGACGGGCCGGAACAGGCGGAGAGAGAUGCCUCAUUCGUUGAUUAUGACUGGAUCAGCGGAGAUAGCAAGUAUUCAUGGGCAAACGUGAAGCAACAGAAGGAUUUGCUAGCGUGUGAUGUUUUGGCAGAGGGGAGAGCAGCCUUCAAAUCUUGGAUCGACGGUCCAAGAUUAUAG